UGAACUUUAAGGGUGAUAUUCGAUUGAACUUUCUCCAAGUAUAAUAGUCGGGAAGCGCUCGGCUCGAUUCCCCGAAUCAAAUCUCAUGGUUGUGUCAUGUGUGACCUUAUGUCCAACCGUACUGAACCAGGCGCAACCCGAGCCGAGCUAUUGGUCCUACUCCCAACCAGCCUAGUUGUCUCGUCAGGGCGGGGCCAAUUGUGCCCCGAGGAGAGUGCCAACCAACUCACGACUUCCAUCGUCUUCCCCAGACGUUCUUCACCUCCGGCGCCAUCUCAUCUUCGGUUGCUGCAAAGAUCGGAUCCUCUUUCUCCCCGUCGACCUGAACUGUGAGCUUUCUGAAAUUGGUUCGAUUUGCGGUUCGGAAACGGAGUCAUUGGAAUGGUGACGAAGACUGGGUGGUGGGCUCCAUCAAUUAUUGAAGAAUUUUCAUGAAAGGCGACAGCUUUGUUCCUGAAUUGUUGUCUGAAUGCUUAGGGUGUGUAGAAUUUAUUUAGCGAAUAGUUUUGAUUCGAUCACGAUGUCGUUCCAUUUCUGCGCUUCAGUAGCAGUGCCUUGAGUUCUCGUUCGCGAUGGACGGGGAGCAAACUCAUGUGAGUGAGGAUGGGAACCUAGUGGAGAGUUCGAGUGGAAGAGAAGAAGGGCCGGUGAUUGAAUCCGGUCCCUGUUUGGAACCUUUCGUGGGGAUGGAGUUCGAAUCGGAGGAGGCUGCUCAGGCCUUCUACGGUGUGUACGCCACAAGAGUUGGUUUUGUGAUGAGAUUGGAUGAGUUCCGUCGGUCGACGCAUGAGGGGGAGGUCGUGUGGCGCAUGCUCGUCUGCGAUAGAAAAGGAAUUCAGAGGUCGAGGCAGAAGGGGACGGUCAAGAACGGGAAGCCCAGGGUGAUCACGAGAGCAGGAGGCAAGGCAUCAAUUGUGGUGGAGUUGGAGAAGGAGAAGAGCGGGAAGUGGGUCGUCACAGAGUUUGUAAAGGAGCAUAACCAUCCAUUGGUGGUCGCUCCGGCAUAUAGUCCGAACGUACUUCCUUCGCAGACACCUGACGAGAAGGACGUCAAGAUUCAGGAACUCACUGCUGAGUUACAGAGGGAGAGGAAGCGAUCUUCUGCAUACUUGGAGCAGCUCCAUACGAUCUUGCGGGACAUGGAAGAACACUCUGGCCACCUGUUGAGAAACAUAGAUGACGUUGUAUGGACUUUGAGAGAGAUUGAAUCGAACAGAACUACAUUCUAGUUAGUCGCCCUACCUGAUGUCCAUGUAAUCGGAACUGUACUUGUUCUGUGACAUCACCAAUCCUCUACUGGGAACAUCAAUUCGUUUCUAUCUGGUUCGGUUUGAUGACCAAUGAUAACCUUGUGGAAAAAGAGGGACUAAUGACAGAGUGAGACUUCCAUGACUAACAAGCUGAUUGUCGAGAUGAUUUAUGUUAACAGCAAUCACAUGUUUCUUAGUGCUUCA